CUUAGUUCAGUUUGCUAUAAAUAUCGCGGUGGUUUACGUUACCACACUUAGUAUGAUGCGGUUUCUUGUGGCAUUUUCGACUAAAAUUAUCGUUUAAGUGAAAUAAUACUCGAAAGUGAAAAGUGUGUACUACAUACACUUAUUGCAUCUAAUUUAUGAACAUAUUUUGUGCUUGAUAGGAUCUGUAUUUGUGGUACGAUUUUGAUAAUUUCUACUUUUGUUUGUUGGGGAUUUUGUUUGUUGCCGGCUUGUUGUGAAACGUGGAAUAAAUUCGUAUUGGAUGAGUGUAUGUGUCCAAAAAUUCUAUAUGUGUUAUUAAUUUAAUGCAAAUUUGAAUUGAUGUUCAUUGGAAGUUCAACGUUCAACAAGCUUUUGACGAAAAACAAAAUUCAUCGACUCAACGAUCAUAUCAAUAAAGCAAAAUAGGAGCAGUAUAUUCAACGUUAACUUUUCUUGUGAUGGGCGCUAUCGGGUAUUUCACGACAUUAAUCUUUGGAUUUAUGGUCAUCAGUGGCAAGGAAACGGUCACAUCGGGACUACUAUAUCCGAGUGAAUCCGAAACGAGAGAAGUUAAAUACUUGAACGGAAUUUGGAAUUUUGUUAAAUCAAAUGAAACCAAUCCCACGGAAGGAGUGCGAGAAAAAUGGUAUCUCAAAGAAUUGAGCAAAACGACAAAGACCAUUCAGAUGCCAGUGCCAGCCAGUUACAAUGAUAUAACAGAAGACAGUGCUCUGCGGGACCAUGUUGGCACAGUUUGGUACGAUAGAAAAUUUUUCGUUCCCGGAUCUUGGUCAGAUAACAAACGCGUUUGGAUACGGUUCGGAAGUGUUCAUUACGAAGCUCACGUGUGGGUUAAUGGACAAAUUGUUGUAAAGCAUGAAAUCGGGCAUUUACCUUUCGAGGCAGACAUUACAGAUGUAGUCAAUUAUGGUCAAGAGAAUCUGAUCACAGUUUUAUGUGACAAUGCCUUAAUCUCAACCACCAUACCGCAGGGAAAAAUAGUCGAAAUUCCCAAUGACAAUGGUACGUCAAUAGUUCAGCAAUAUUCCUUUGACUUCUUCAACUAUGCUGGCAUUCAUCGGUCAGUGGUUUUAUACACAACACCAAAGGUUUACAUUCAGGAUGUUAGUGUUACAACCGAUGUCAUCGAUAAUACGAUAGGACGAGUUUUCUUUCAAAUAACUUGCAAUGACUCUGAAAACGUCCUGACCGCAUACAUUCAAAUCAAGGACAAAGAGGGAGUGGUUGUCGGAAAUGUCACAACUGAUAGCAACCUUAACGGAUUCAUAGACAUAUACGACGUCAACCUAUGGUGGCCUUAUUUAAUGGACCCUAAUCCAGGAUAUUUAUACACAUUCGAAGUGAAUCUACAAACCGAAGAGAGCGAAAUAAUCGACAUUUAUAGACUGAAAAUAGGCGUAAGAUCUUUGGCUUGGGAUGACAAGCAAUUCUUAAUCAAUGGAAGACCGAUAUAUUUCCGAGGAUUUGGCAAGCACGAAGAUUCGGAUAUUCGUGGAAAAGGAUUAGAUUUAGCACUAAUAACCAAAGACUUUAAUUUACUUAAAUGGAUCGGCGCAAAUGCCUACCGUACUUCACAUUAUCCGUACUCCGAAGAGAGCAUGCAAUUCGCUGAUGAACAUGGUAUAAUGGUUAUUGAUGAAUGCUCGAGUGUUGAUACUGAAAACUAUACACCAGCACUUCUCGAUAAACAUAAAUCGGCUAUGGAACAGCUUAUUCAUCGAGACAAAAAUCAUCCAAGCGUAGUGAUGUGGUCAAUUGCCAAUGAACCUCGGACUAGUCAACUAAAUGCUGAUUCCUAUUUCGGAGCCUUGGCUAAUUAUACAAAACAGUUGGAUAAUCGUAGACCAAUCACAAGUGCCAUUGCAACGCCUGCGGAUCAGGAUAAACUGGCACAGUACUUAGAUAUCAUCAGUUUCAACCGGUACAAUGCUUGGUACUCCAAUUCGGGUCACUUAAAUAUGAUCACACAAAAUGUUAUUAAUGAAGCUACCAAUUGGCACAAUAAACACCAGAAACCUGUUCUUAUGUCAGAAUAUGGAGCGGACACAGUUGAAGGGCUGCAUAUCCUGCCGUCGUUUAUAUGGUCAGAAGAAUUUCAGCGAGAUUUGCUGUCGCGCCACUUUAAAGCCUUUGAUAUCCUCAGAAAUGAAGGAUUCUUUAUUGGGGAAUUUAUUUGGAAUUUUGCCGACUUUAAAACCAACCAAUCUGUGACAAGAGUGGGCGGCAACAAAAAAGGGGUAUUCACACGACAGAGACAACCGAAAGAAGCAGCCCAUCAUGUGAGGAAACGAUAUUUCUCUUUAGCACGAGAUUUGGAUGGGUGGUGCACCCUUCCAGAUGAUUUAUUUUCGUAUGUAAGCCAAGCAGUGUCAGACAGAUUAGAAAAUCCCUGAAUUUGCAAAUAUAAGUUUUUUUUAUCAAUUUUUA